AUGGCAGAAAUCCACAGCCCACACCAAAAUCAUCAUCCACAAACAAACUUGAGAGAGAGGCAGAAGCAGACUCAAAUUGAUGAAGACCCAAAGAUAAAUCGUGGAAUAGCUUCAAUCGCCGUGGUGGUUUGUCGUCGCCUACACCGACUGCCGUCGCCGUCUACCAUCUUUGUUGUUGCCUGCCAUUGCCAUCUGCAACCCAUAGUCGGUGGUUGUGAUUGCUGUUUGGGUGGUCGGUGGUUGCCGCUAGCGCUUGGGUGGAGUUGGUUGCAGAGCUUUGGUCGGGACUAA